CUUCAUUUGUCAGUACAGGCCAUUAGUGAAAGAUUAUAACGAGAUUGGUUUUGUUAAUGCACGACACUCUCUGACUUCAGUAAGUUAUGAAGCUCGGAUUCUGUUGAAACGUUUCCCAUACACUCUUGUGCAAGAUAAUUUCUUUUUCACGUAAAUUUGAAAAAAACCUUUGCGGUGACAAACGGAAAAUCCAUUGCAAUUUUUUUUAAUUUCAUUCGAAAAUAUUGUUCUUCAAAAAAAUCAAUUGAAAACUAUUCAUAAAGAAACGUUCAAAAAAUAAACCAAAAUCAUGAAGAAAAUUCUGGUUACGAUCUUAGUGACGAACGUGGUUGCGUUAUGUAUGUCAGCCAGUUUAAUCGAUUAUAUAUCCGGUUCGGAGGAAGGGCGUCAAAGUGAUGCUGGUUCACGGAAUUGUAUUUGCAAAGAUUUGUCGUGCAUUUGUUGCUUAGAUUUCAACAUCUCGUUUAUUGAUCUCGGUGGACCAGGAUGUGUACGAUUGAAUUAUCUGUCACCGGAGGAGGGAAUUGCCAUAAAUGUGUCAUAUGGUGAGAGUCUUCUUCAUAAUGAAGUAGUCAAAGGGCCAGAUCCUCCACCAACCUGUUUGAACAUCUUUGCACAAUUGGCACAGAUGUGUGCACGUUUCAAGGGAUUGAUGCCAACCGAUGAUGGUCUAAAAGGUUGUGUGAGCUUGGAACCAAUGUUGCUGGGCGAAGCACAGCUUGACUUACCGAUCGGUUGUUUCCGGAUGUCACCCCGUGGCAUGGAAAUUAUCCAAUCGCCCAACGAAAUUAUUGACGAACAAAAGCCACAAGAGUCGGACAAACUGGAUAAUGGAAACAGUACGAGCGAAGAUAGUGAAGGGCCCGAUUCGUUGGCUGGAUACACGGCUGCCGAUAUUUUAGCGGUGGUAAAUGAAUCGGCUGAACAGGGCAUUGCAUUGAUUACCAAUUGGCUUGGUAUUGCACCAAAUGCAACCGAUGAGGCUGCACCUGAAGCGAACAACGUCUCACCACCAGCCCAAUCACAAUAUCCAACCGAAACCAAUCAUUAUUCGUCUGGUUCCAACAACGGCGGCCAUGUUGUUUUUGGCUCAAAAACAGUCUCAUAAAUGAACCCAAACCUCUAUUAUCUUUUGUUUUUUUUUUCUAAAUAAUUCCAAUUCCCACUUUAUUUAUUCUUAAUUUAUGUCAAGCCGACGCAAGUUGAAAGUAAUUGAACAGAAAAAAAACCUAUAAUGAAAGACGCUAAAUUCAUACAUGUGACAAUUGCAGGCGAAAAGAAAAGCGGGAUCGGUGAUUGAUUGUACGCAAAUUGGAGAAUAUUUAUUUAUUUAUUCUAUUUUUAUUAAUUUUAUUUAUGUACGAUCUCGCUUCAUUUUUUUUCGGAAAAAAUCGUAUAUAUUUUUUAUGCAAUUAUUUUGCGAUGUGUCACUUCAUUUGAUUUCUUUAUCGAUUUU